GGCCAGCAGCACAGGGAAACCGAAAAGCCAAGAAAGUCACCCACACACACGCGCGCGCAUCCACACUCUGCUUCGCACAGACCAGCGCGCGCUCUUCCCAAUUCCGCGAGGACCACCGGUCUGUCCCCUCCAAUUUCGCGCGGAUUCGGGUUCGGUGGCGCGUGAUCUCUGAAUUUCAGCGAGGAGGUCCAAUUCGGUGUCAAUUUGCGCGAAUCCUGCCUCCCCGAUGCUCGAUCUCGAGUGCCCCGGAAGUGCAUUCGCAGGAUUGGUCUGAUCCCGCCGCGAAUUUCGGGGAUCUCCGGGCCAUCUCGCCGUGCGACAACAGGGGAAUUGGGCGGCAAUUGGGGAGGAUUCGCGGCAGGGGGGACGCUGAUCCGGCGGCGAGAUGAUUGCGGCGGUGAGCCAGGUGCCGGCAGGCUGGGGCGAGGAUGAGAUGUCCGUGCUGCCGCGGCACACCAAGGUGGUGGUCACCGGCAACAACCGCACCAAGUCCGUGCUCGUGGGCUUGCAUGGAGUCGUCAAGAAGGCCGUCGGCCUCGGAGGAUGGCAUUGGCUGGUUCUUACUAAUGGCAUAGAGGUGAAGCUGCAAAGGAAUGCUUUAAGUGUUAUUGAACCUCCAACUGGCAACGAGGAGGAUGAUAAAUUUGAUUGUGAAAACAUGCAGUGGAAUAGUUCAGAUAUGGCAUCUGAUGAUGCACAAUCACCAAAGGCACAGCGGUCAAGGAGCAGACAGCAUAGGGGAUUCCACAGAAAAUCCCUCAGCCGCUCAAUGUCAUGUGACUCCCACUCCAAGACGUCUGUUUCCUCGGCCUCAAGAGCUCACACGAAAGUUGACCUGAGCAAGCUAGAACUGACUGCGCUGUGGAGAUAUUGGCGCCAUUUCAAUCUUGAUGCAAGUCCUAAUCCGUCCAGGGAGCAGUUGAUUGAUGCUGUUCAAAGGCACUUCAUGUCCCAGCAAUUGGAUGAGUUGCAGGUCAUCAUUGGCUUUGUGCAAGCUGCAAAGAGGCUGAAGACCAGUAUGAAAAGCGAGGCUUGAACUUCAACUAACAGAUUCAAGAUAGGAUGCAGCAUGUUUGAUGAAUGUUACCGUGCUAUGUAAUAUAUAUGCAUCAAGUUGCUUAGAUUCAGGUGGCUAGGUUAAUGCACAACUAGACUAUGUUAGCCUCAUCUGAUGUAGAUAUGCAGUAUUCUGUCUAAAGAUGUUUCAACCUCUAGCUCAGUUAUUUCCUGCUGACUGGAUGUGGAUUGAAAUGACAAGUUAAACGAGUUCUUUUGUUAAUCUUUGGAUGUUUACCAA